AAACAGAAAAAAACAACCUAUGUCCAUCUCUUCCUCCUCCUCCCCCGCCGUCGCCGCACACGCUCUUCUCGUUUUCUCUUGUUCGUUCUGGCUCAGGCUCACCGGCCCGAUUCGUCCAUGGCUGUUGAUUUCUCCCACCGGUGUAGCAAGCUCACCUUGCUCAGGCUCAGAUCUGAUUACCAGACGACCUAUGAAGCUGCUGAGUGCCUCGAUCUGCUCUGCUCCUAGUCACCUGGUGACACGGCCGGCCGCCCGGCAGAUGUUUCCUCCUGAUCUCCGAUAAUGGUGCACCGAGUUCAUGUCUCCGGGCUGGCGCCCCGAUCCAUCCAUGGAUAUAUGUUGGUCUUCUCGGGAUGGAUGGCGAUGCACGCGCUAGCCUUGCUGCCCAACGGCUGGUGAACGCCGCUGCCGCCGGCCGGCCGUACCUUGCUUGUUGCCAUCUCGCGACUGGCCGUUUCUGAUGUUUCCUUCUGAUCUCCGACGAUGUACCGAGCAUCCACAUGACAAGUCUCAAACUCAAUGGUCAAACUCAAAGAUGAAUAAAAAAAAUUUAGGGGAGCACAUCGUUUGUCGAGAAGAGAAGAAGAAGCAUGAAGAGGUGGGCUUAAAGUGGAUGAUGGGCCGGUGGGCGAUAAAAAGAAUGAAUAGCUCGUCCGCUUCAGUGUGGUGAGCGUUGGUGGUGGCGGCGCAGCGCAGCGCAGGGAAAGGAAGCAAGAAGAAGGGCGACGAACCCUAGCUCUGGUCGGACGGAAUCCUCUGUCCUAGCUAGAUCCACAGGUGAAGCUGAUGGCUGCUGUGCUCCGGUCCGCGGCGAGGCGGUUGGCCGGCGAGCUGCCGGCGGCUGAGAUGGGGCUCCACCGCCUCCCUCUGCACUCCCAGGCCAAUGUUUGGAGCGCCUCAUCUGCUCCUCGCUCUGCCCCCUCUUCUCUGACCAAGGCUAAGGCGGCGAUGGAGAGCGCCAUUCGCCCGUCAUUCAUCCCGCGUCACACAGUGUCCACCUCUUUCGGCCGCGCCGCCUCAAAGCCUCUGUGCAAGACCAAGGCGGUGAUCGAGAGCACCCUUCUACCACAACUCAUCCCGCGCCGCACAAUGUCCUCCUCCUCCGGUCGCGCCGCCUCUCAACCAGCCGACAAGUUUUGGCUUGAGAUAGUGGGUCACAGGAUGAAAGGUCCGCAGAAUCCGUGCCCGAUGAUUUUCAGAAAGCGAAUCAGUGGUGUGGAUGCCGACAAGGCUGAAGCAGUCUUCCUCGACGUGAUGAUGAUGGCUAAAUAUGAUGGGAAUGUUCCACCAAAUAUGAUGAGUAGUCCCGUUCGAGCGUUGCUCCGGAAGGCGCUUAUCCGAUACAUGAAGAUUAAGUGGUUUAUUAAAGAAAUUGCUCUAUCUCUCAAGAUACGUGUCGUUUUUAAGCUGGGCAAGUUAAACUUUGCCGUCAUCUGCGUGUUGCUUUACGUGACAUACGGGAGGCCCCUAUCUCUGCUCCGGAGGUUCUGGAAGAUCCUAAAUUCUCAAGGAGGCGAUGACUCGGAGUAAUCAAGCAGAGAAUGCGACUAUUGCAACAAUGUAAUAGUGAUGUUGUGACUAAUAAUUAAGACAAACAUGCUUUUUUUUUGUUAUAUUUGCCAUUGUUGUGUAGUACAUGGUUAAACGACCCGUAAAUUUUCUGUUGGUGUUA